AUGUGUCUUUCAAGCAUUUUCAAGAGGAAAGCUGCAAAGGAUUUAUCUUCAGAUAACCCGUAUGGUCACUUGUUGUUGAAAAAACGUCCAGCAGUUUCAUUUGCACCAGACACCAAAGUGGAAAAACAUUUCUCUGCACCUGAGAACGUCAUUAAAAGAGAACCCGGAGCUUCAGAUGAAUCUUCGAACGUCCAGCGACCAAAUUCAUCAGCACCAUCUUCAAUACUCGUUCGCACGUGUAAAGUUGGAGGUAGAAAAGCGAAGCUUUCGGUUCAGUUUACAAGCGUCUCGAAUGUCAUAAGUAAAUCUCUGCUUCGAAAAUUAGAAGCGGAGAAAUUCAAGUAUUUUACAUACGAUAUGAUUCCAUGUAAGAUUGGAAUCAUGGAAUUCAUUGGUCAAGUGACAUCUGAUAUUGAAAUCAACGAAAAAGUUGUAAACAUUGUUUUCUAUGUUCAAGAAGGGAACUCGGAUCAGGUGACUAUAAAUCCCAAAACUGCAAGACAGUUGGGAUUGUAG